AUGGCCUUUGACCGCCUCGGCAAAGUGCUUUUCGUGCUCGAUGUGCUCAUCGUCGUCUACAUUUUCUGGGCUACUGUUCAGAAGUUGGGAGAAAGGCCUCCUUUCCAUCUUCCGGAUGUGCCGGACCUCCCGCCUAUCGGACCGGGACGCUACUGCCAGACGGAUGGGUGCAAAUUGUCGGCAAAAACUUUUGUAGGAAUCGAU